AUGGAACAGGGAAUUUUCCAAAUACUUUACACUCUUGCUAUAGAUGCAAUCAUUUUUUCGAUACUGUUUAUCCUCUUUUUGGCUACUUAUCGCCACAGAACUCGUCACACUGAAAAUACAGUCGAAAACUUCAAGCCAAAAAACGCAAUUUUUUCAGAAUCUGAAAUACCUAAAUGCAAACUAUUCAGAGACGUAUGAAACACAAGCCCAAAAGAAAUCCGAGAUAAAUGCGGAUUUUUUGCUUAUUCUUUCACAAUUAAUUAAAACAAAUAAAAUGUAAAUUUGUUUUUUAAAAAAAAUUAUCAAUAUAUAUUGCACAAGAGAUUAUGUUUACCUUUCUCUUCAUCGGCAGAUUAUUAUAUUUUUAACAGUUUUGUCCAUCUUCAUAACCCCUGCUCUUGUCCCAAUAUAUUUUCAAGGCAGCGGAAUUUCAGGAGAAGACACUAAUGCUGAGUCUAUAGGAAACGUUUUAGACGACGAAAAAUAUAUGAUUGCUCCAAUUAUUUAUUUUGUGUUUUUCUCUUGUCUGGCAUAUUGACUAGUUUACAUUAUUUUAAAGUCAGUUUCCCCAACUGUAAAUUUUAUAUAGGAAAGUUACAUUUAUGAGCGCGUUAUUGAAAUUGGAGGACUUGAUAAAAAUAAGCAGCCUCAAGAAAUCGGGCCUGAGGUGCAUAAAACUUUUACAGGCCAAUUUCAAGAAGAAAUUAUGGAAACCUGCGUAGUUUCUGAUUAUACUAAUAGUUAUAUCGCUUAUCAAGAAAUAAACAAAGCAAAAGAAAGAGUCGAGCAUUUCAAAAUUGUCGAAAGCCAGUAAACAAUAAAUAGAGAUAAGAAAAAAGGAGAAAUUCGGGUCAAAAUGUGUGGGAAAAAAGUCAAUGCGGUUGAGCAUUAUACAAAAGAAAUUGAAAAAUUCCAAGAUCAAUUUGAGCAGCAUAUUGAAGAAGGAAACGUCAAAAAUACAGGAUUUGCCUUUGUAGUUUGUAAAAGCAGAGAGGCAGCUGAAAAAGUUAAAGAGGAGUAUAAAGAUUCCAAAUCUUGGUCUGUAGAUUCAGCUCCAGCUCCUCACGAGGUGAAAUGGGAAAAUAUGAAUUAUAACCAAACCACAAUAAAAAUCCGCCGAGCAAUAUUACUAGCCAUUUUUAUAGUAAUUUUCUUUGUUUUCUUAACCCCCACAGCAUUUGUGAGAUACAUAAAUGAUGCAGUCUCAAAUGCAGAUGCUGGAGAUUACGUCAAAGGGAUUUUUGAUACUUAUUUGCCUACUUUAUUAUUGAUAAUUUACCAAGCAGUUGUUGUAUAUCACGCAAUUAUUUUUGUAGUAAAGCAAGAAAAGCACAUAGACGUAGCUGCAGAAGUUGUAAGCAGAAUGGUCAAGUAUUUAUUAUUUUUUGCUUUUUAUAUUUUUAUAUUGCAAGCUUUCGGGAUGCAAGUUGUGGUCCAAGUUUCGACUGAUGGCUGGGACAGCGCAAGGACGCUAUUUCCUAAUAAAAUUGCUGAAACUGGGCUAUUUUUCACAAUUUUUAUGAUUCAUCAAGCUGGAAUUUCUAUGGGUGUUGCCCUAUGGCAGCCUGGUGUUAUAAUAGUUUCAAAAAUAAAGCAAAAAUUAGCAAAAACUCCUCUCGAAAAAAUGCAGGCUUUGGAUAACCCAGAUUUUGAUUUUUCUUAUGAAAUAGCAAUUACCUUGAACAAUUUCUUUAUUAUAAUGUGCUAUUCAGUCGCUUAUCCUCUGAUUCUUGUAAUUGGGCUGAUUUAUUUUGUACUUACUCCCCCCCCCCUCCUCCGUGAGCGAACAAAAAACCAUUAGAAAAAUCGCCAUUUUGUGACCAAAAACCCACCCUCCGUGAGUGAACAAAAAUUUUUUUAAUAGAAAAAAUUUUUAAUGGAAAAAAAUUUUGAUAUAUAAGUGAUAAUUAGUAUAAUGAAAUCUAGAGCUAAUUCUGUUUUUUAAUUUUAAACAAAUUGCGUUUUAAAACAUAAAUUUUGCAAAUUAAAUUAAUAUUUGCUUCCCAAUUUUUGCAAAUUAGGAUUUUUUUAAAUUUCGAAAAAAAUAUUUUUUAUAAAAUUUAUAUAUAAAUUUUUUUUAAAAAAAAAAAAUUAACCCCCCUCCGUGAGCGAACAAAAUUGUUUUGUUCGCUCACGGAGGGGGGGGGGGGUUAGAGUAAUCAUUAUUUAGUACCUCAUCCACAAAUAUCUACUUCUCAGCACAUUUUAUAUUAACAAAAGUUCAACUGGAGCUGCAAUCCCGAAAGCUUAUAUUUAUUCAAUUAUGUCUUACAUUUUUAUAUUCCAAUUACUAACUGGCUUUAUUUUUACCAUAAAUGACAGCGUUGGGAUACAAGUGACUGGCGGGGUGCUAAUUAUAGUAUCAUUUAUUAUAUAUUUAGUUGUUAUGCUUAAAUUGCCAACAGUUAUGAAAUUAGUAUGGAAAACUGGUAAAUAUGUAAGCGAGAACGAAAACGAAUCUGAGUCUUUGAAGAUGGAGUCAGGAUUAUAUAUGCAUCCUAUAGAAAAAAUGCAAAUGACUUCAAGAGGACCAAAAGAAACUUUACAGGAUAAACAUACUGAAAGCCUUAAUUCUAAUGAUAACGAAGAUUAA